AUGGUCUGUCUUACCGUAUCCCGGGCUCUUGCUGGCUUCCUACUUUUCUUCUGCUCCAUAGUAGAAGGAUCGCAAGACCAUGCCGUGUGCAAUCACAUCAAAACCCAACUAAACAACGGGACAGUCCAGCCGACUGCAGACACAUAUUUGGCUUUAAGCACAGAGAACUGGUCGCAGACUGUCUGGGCAAAGCCAUCAUGCAUUAUCCAGCCAUCUACUGCCGAGGAACUCUCCUACGUCGUCUCUACUGUAGUUGACUGGAAAGUGAAUUUUGCCAUUCGCUCCGGUGGUCACUCGGUCGUACCUGGAGCCGCAAAUAUCAACCGUGGUGUUCUAAUUGACCUAGCGAACUUCAACUCGGUAGAUUAUGAUGCGGACAAGAAAGUCGCUGUCGUGGGUUCAGGGUUGCGGUGGAAAGAAGUUUAUACCUCACUAGACCAGUAUAACGUAACAGUUGCUGGUGGUAGAGUCUUGGACGUCGGUGUCGGCGGUCUAACUCUUGGGGGCGGUCUUUCGUACCUAACCGACCUGUACGGCUUAGUAUGCGAUAACGUGGUUAAUUACGAGGUUGUCACUUCAGCUGGAGCCGUUAUAAAUGCGAACGCAGAAUCGAACCCGGAUUUAUUCUGGGCUCUGAAGGGGGGUAUCAACAACUUCGGUAUCGUCACUAAGUUCACACUGAAAACUUACGACAUCCACGAUGUUUGGGGUGGAGUCAAAGUAUACUCCUUAGACGCUUUGCCGGCAUUAUUUGAUGCCAUGUACCAAUAUCAGUCGGUUGAAAACAAGGACCCCUACGCGAACAUUAUGUUGCAAGCUUUCCCGACAAACGCAACCAUUGGUGCCAUAGUAAAUAUCGUAUACUUAAAGCCAGAGGAGGAGCCGGAAGCAUUCGCACCUUUCCGGAAUAUCACGCCUCUAGCCGAUUUGACCAAGCUCCAAACAUUAACCGAACUGAUGCUCGCAGCACCUCUUCCCGAGUUGACACGGGUGAAUUGGUUCAGUGCAAGCUUCGCCACCGAUAAGGAACUAUUUAAUAAAGUGGGAGAUAUUGUGUCCAAGGCCCCAGAGUUAGAGAGCCUGAAGAGCCUAACUGCAGGGUCUUUAGCAUUCGGUUGGCAACCAAUUUCCAGCAGUGCCGUACUCGCUGGACAAGCAAGUGGUGGUAACGCGCUUGGACUAAAGCCCGUUAAUCAGACUUGGCUUGUUCUUGACGUGGGCUGGUGGUCUCCCGAGGACGACGAGCUGGCGCAUAAUUACACGCAGAGUAUGAUCAACAAGAUCGACGACGCAUCUAAGGCUAGCGGGCACUAUGUUGACUAUAUUUUCAUGAACGACGCAGCUGCGGACCAGCCUGUUAUUGAGCACUACGGACAGGAGAAUGUUGCAAAGUUGAAGAGAGCGGCAGAAAAAUACGAUCCUGAUGGAGUAUUCCAAACUUUAGCAUCAGGGGGGUUCAAGCUACCUAAGUCUUUCGAAGGCGGAAUAACUACACGUGUGAUCACUCACCCUUCUCAUCCCAACCGAGCCUUCGCUUACGACGUGACCUUUCUCCUCCAACAUCCACGGGUCGUCGCAGUCGCAUCGCAGAAGCCGCCGCUUCAUUUCCACCCACAUCAGGAGGAAUAUCUCCAGGUGCUCGAAGGAAGUCUAGCUGUAGAAGUUGAAGGCAAGGAACGCAUUCUCGUCCCUGAAGAUGGGGAGGUUACCUUUCCUCCGUGGACAAACCAUAGGCUGUACUCGCCGGUUACCAAUAAUACCGACGAGAACUUAAAGGUGACGAGAUUCUUACUUUCAGCCGAGAGCACCCCUGAGCUAUUCAAGCUUGAUACCGUCUUCUUCGAGAAUUGGUAUGCAUACCAAGACCAAAUAGUUGUCAAGGGCGAGAAGGUCGACUUGAUUCAGGUUAUGAGCAUGUUUGAUGCAGGUGGUUCUUACCUUUCACUCCCACGCUGGAUACCGUUUAGCAAGACAUUGGCAUAUGCUCUUGGUGUUGUAGUAGGUAGAUGGCUAGGAAGUAUUCUAGGAUAUCAGCCGUUCUAUCGUAAGUGGACGACAGAUUGGCAAUCGGCAUGCCACAAGAUGGACAUGUCUAUCUUUCAAAGGCGGUUUGCAGAUCGAGCCAAGACUGAAUAG